AAUGCAGGGACCGGUUCCACGCGGCUAUGCCUAAGUCACAGGUCACUUUCGAUGUACCCUGGAGUCCAUACAAUGUCAAUGGGACGGGUAUCGACGGCCGUAACUACAACUUCACAGCACUGGCCGACGCGUCGGACUUCCUAUUCAUUAUGGCUUAUGACGAGAGAAGUCAAGUGUUUGACUCCGACUGCACGGCUCAGGCCAACUCUGCCCUCUACGAUACGGCUGGGGGUAUAAUGGCAUACCUGAAGCUUGGUAUUGAACCCAACAAACUGGUGUUGGGGUUGCCCUGGUAUGGGUACGACUACACGUGCAUUAAGACUGGUCCCGAGCGUACGUGCUAUAUAAAAGAGGUGCCCUUCCGGGGGGUUAAAUGCAGUGAUGCGGCCGGAACUCAGGUGCCGUACGUGGAGAUCAUGAAAGUGGUCGACACCUAUGGGGACACGUGGGACGAGCACUCGAAGUCUAGGUUUGCGUAUUUCAAUGAUACGACAAACACGACCCGACAGAUCUGGUACGACAACCCCUACAGCCUGUCCCUGAAGGUUGGGUUCGCUAACUAUAAGCAGUUGCGAGGAGUGGGCGUCUGGACCGCCAAUAUGUUGGACUACUCGGGCUCUAAGGAAAGUCAGGCU